CUAGGAAAUGCAAGCUUGGAUACCGAUCGUUUACUGGCGAGAGAUACAACCGAAUUCGACCAGACAGAUCUUUCCUUCAUCACAACAAUGGCUGCCAUCGGCGACUCCUACUCAGCUGGAAUUGGCGCUGGUGACCGGCUUGGGACCAUUGUCGAAGCAUUGGAUGCAGAGAGUGAUUGGGCGUGCAGUCGCUAUGAUCACGCAUAUCCUUACUUGAUUCAUACUGAUGAUCGGCUGGGCGAUCCAGCAGCACGCACGUUCCAGUUCAAGUCAUGUUCUGGUGCAGUCAUAGCUGAUGUCAUCAAAGACCAGAUCCCUAGUAUCAGCAGUAACCAGCAGGUCAUAUUGCUAUCAGCUGGUGGCAAUGACGCAGAGCUCUCAAACAUCCUGAACCAAUGUAUUUUCCAAUGGGCAGUACUGAGCUCCAGUCAAGUGAUUGUUGCAAAAUUAGCCGCUCUUGCAGAUUCAAAUUACGCAUGGGCCAAAGACUUCGACUGGGACUCAUUAGGCCUUGGCUGCGAUGGGCAGUUGGCUCGUACAAGAGAUCUUAUUGCUGGGGAUGCCUUCAGCAAUAGCCUAGAUGCUGUAAUCUCGGCGGCAAAGGCAAAGCUAGGAUCAGAUGGAAUGGUCUAUUACACUGGUUAUGCCAAAUUUUUCGCCGAAGAUCUUUCAGCCGCAUGUGACAGCGUUAGCUGGUCAACUUGGAUAUACAAAUUAUACAACAUAUUUCAGGGAGUUCAGAAACUCACGCGAGACCACCGUAAAACAAUGAAUGACCUUGUCGAUGCUGUCAACUCUCAAAUUUCGGCUGCAGUCCAAAGAGCCGGCGCUCAAGUCAAGUUUGUAGACUACGACUCUUAUGUAGGGGAUUUCAAUGGCCGCUUUUGUGAAAACGGUGUCGAUGAGUCAACCACUGAAAGCAAUACAAGAUCCGGUCUCAUGUUCUACGAGCUCGACACUUGGGACCUCCUAGGCCGCAACCCUUGGAAACGAAGCCAGGAUAACCCCCUAGAAGGAACCUUCGAGGGCUCUGUGAACCAAUUCGCACAGAUCACACUUCUGAUGGAUCCUGACGCUAAACUCUCUGAUCAAGAUUUUGUGUCCGAUGCUUCGACUGACUCUAUUGUCGCCUCUAAGAUGGCUUUAGUAGAAGAUAUGUCAGUUUCUGGUUUAGAAAUUCCAAAUAUUCUACCAGAUGGAUACGGGCGCGUGUUCCAUCCCCAGAUCUUGCUACAUGCGUUUAUUGCCGAUCUGGUCAUCUAUGAGAUGGUCAAUAAGAACGAGCAGGACCACGGGUUUCCAGCAAUCCCAGAGAAGCUCUCCUUUGACUCAUGCCCUUAUUAUCCAUCAACAGGGUCAAAUUCUUCAAAUGGCGGAGACGGCCAACAAAUUGCGGUAGCAUCAUACAUCAACCCGCUCGCUGAUCCAGACGCUUGGAAUCGUCUGAUCGGGUAUUCCAAAGCGAAGAUGCCCAUCUUGAUUGCCAACGUCGUGAAUGGUCCGGAUUCUGCUAUCGACCCGAGUUGGACUGACGUUAUCGAGCGAGCUUCAGCGUCUGGUAAAACGGUCCUCGGCUAUGUAAGAACGGGAUAUCUUGGCGUCAGCCAACAAAAGUUCCUUACACGACUAGGCUCCAGCGAUUUGGCCGACUGGACUGCUCAGAUCGAAGAAGAUGUUGACAUGUGGUACAAGCUUUAUGGAAACAGCAUUGGUGGCAUCUUCUUCGAUGAGGGUUGGCCUGAAUGUGGCGACAACAAUCAAUACGUGGACUUAUAUAAGCACAUCAACGACUACACAAAGCGUGCCCACCCUGGCGCACUUACUAUCCUUAAUCCCGGGUCACCUAUGGCAUCCUGUUUUGAAGAUACUAUGGACACAUUGCUGACUUUCGAACUGGACUAUACGGCUUAUACCAAUUCCUAUACCCCGAACGACUGGACACCAAAGGACCCGCGGAAGCUAUGGCAUAUUGUUUAUAAUGUGCCAGAAUCUGCGAUUGAUGAGGUAGCCAAAUUAGCUAAAGAGCGUGGAGCAGGCUUUCUUCAACUGACCAACGACCUUUUGCCUAAUCCAUACGACAACUUGCCUAGCGAUUCCUACAUGACGAGCACGAUGAAUGCAGUCGAUGGUGGAUCUCCCUUAAACGCAAAGGCAUCAUCCUGGGCAUCUGGAAGCAACGCAGAAACGGUGUCUGGACUAUCGGUCCUAAAAUCAGACUACAGUUCCGCUAAAUUAUCCUGGAAUCCGGCCUCCAGUACCUUGGGAUAUUACGUGUAUUCAGGCGACAUUGUCAUUGCGAGUGUUCCUAGCUCAAUGACUGCAAUCACUAUUGGUGGCCUCCAGCCAGGGACAAGCUAUAUCUUCAAGGUCAGCGCAGUAGGAGGAGGGGGCAAUGUAGGCUCCUCGUCUAACACGGUCACUGUCGAUACCGAAUCAUUACCCGGUGGGCAGACUGUCGCUAAUUACCAGUCCUCUCCUGGAGAAGGCUCGACUACAAUCCAGGCAGACAUCCUGGUUCCUUACGCUUUUAUCCGGCUCUAUAUCUGGGACUCGGUUGGGUGUGAAUUCGAUACCGAUCCGGGAUGGAGUGUCAACUUUGAAAUUGACGAAUAUGUCUGUACCAAAUACAUGGUCGAGGGAACCACGCUUUACAAAUACAGUGGCACACUCCCCGAGGGCUCCACAGCUCCACCGUGGUCAUGGUCGGUGGUUGGGUCCAUAAGUCUCGAUAUCACAGACUAUACCUACAAGUGGAUCUUGCCGCUUGGGACUGCUACUAUCGACACGAGCAAAUUUGUAGUUCAAGCGCAAGGCUACAAUCCCCUCACCAAUAUUUUCGAUCCACUCCCCAAUGACUAUGAUUGCAAGGGCUCAUCCAUGUGCACAACUCCGGAUUUUCUAAAGUGGUGCGAUAAAGCAGUCAACACGAUCCAGCGGGAUGACGACGCUUAUUAUACGUCAAAUGGGAGUACUCUGACUGGAAAUUGUUGGGGUGAUCAGACUCGAAGCUGCGGCGUCUUCAUCCAAGGUGACGAUUGCAGUAUUAGUGGCAAUGACCUCUGGAAUGACUACCAGAACAUCCGCAAGAUUGGGGGCUGUAAGAAGUGUGGUUCUUAUCAUAGAGAUGAUGGCUGUCUGGUUACUAUCAACUACGUCUAUCAAUGUGACAAUCACGGCUAG